AUGUCUUUCUCAUUUGGCUUUACUGGCGAUGACAUUUCUGAUGAUGAGCAGAAUUCUUCAACCGUCAAGCCCACGGCUCCAGCUCCUGUAGCCACUGGAAGCGCAUUUCCAGUCCCAGGAAAGCCUCAGCUUCCACCAACUGUCCACCAACUAUCCGAUCUUCUCGCCCAGCAGCCCUCAAAGAUCGCCUAUAGUCUUCUUGACGUGACCCUUGAUGACGGUACUACUGUGCAGUUGCCGCGAAGAGAGCUGUGGGAUGUGAGGGUACAGCUCAUGGCUGAAGAGGAGGAUGUUGCUGGAGCGCAGUCUGAGGGUCUGGGUAGUCAUGAUGUGAAGACGGGUGUUUAUGAGGGUGGCUUCAAGAGUUGGGAGAGCAGUGUUGACCUUGUCAAGGUCCUGGCUUCCAACAAAGCUAUCUCUACGCUGGAACAGAAGGCCUUUCGAGUCAUUGAGCUUGGAUGUGGUACUGCGUUGCCAUCUUUGGCCGUAUUCCAUUGGGCUAUGACCUCCAAAACAGAAAGGAAGCCCCUGUCUUUGAUCAUGGCAGAUUACAACCCGUCAGUUCUCCAACUGGUCACUCUCCCUAACUUCAUUCUCUCAUGGGCUCUCAAUAACACUCAGCUACCCGCCCUUCAAGAGGCCUUCUCGAUCGAGGGUGAGGUCGAGCUUGGCCCUGAUGUCAUCGCUGCCUUUCAAAAGUUCCUCGAGGAAUCGCAGAUUACGCUUUCCUUUGUUUCCGGCGCCUGGUCCCAGGAGUUUGUGGACCUCCUCUACACUCUACCAUCAGGAGACGGCCAGCCAAGUAGCACAUUACUCUUGGGCGCGGAGACAAUCUAUUCCCCAUUUGCGCUUCAGGCUUUCCUAGAGACACUCUUCCUGGUCUUGGAGAGGGAGCGAGAUACCGAGGGAAGCGAAGCCGGCGCUUACAUUGGCGCAAAACGAAUGUACUUUGGCGUUGGCGGUUCCCUCGAUGAUUUUGUUGAUAAGGCACGACAAAAAGGUGCCAAGGUAGAGCAACUGAGGGAAGAGUCAGAGGGUGUUCGGCGUGGUGUCGUCCAGUGCCUUCUCGGGUCUACAUAA